CCUCACGUCACGCGUCGUGAAACGGUUGCGAGUGGCGCUUGACGGGGUUGGACACCGUGACCACCAUCAUGCCGAGUUCAACCACGCCGAAUCCUGAGACGCCAUUUCCAUACCUCACCAGCGCUGAAGUCGAAUAUGUGUGCGAUACGUCAGGCGCAUAUGAAUGUCAUGUCGAGGACCGGUACCUGGAACCCCUGCACGGGGUGAAGCUGGCAGAACGCUGCGACAAAUGGCGAACGUGUUAGUAGACGACAUUUUCCCCGGUGUCCAUGUCACUACAGGGAGUCUGCAACCAUUCCUAAAGAAAGGGAUCACAAACGAUGACCGCUUGGCGGUCCAUUCAGUGAAGGUUGCGCUGGGUGAAUUCGUUGCGGCGAUGGUGAUUGAUGGACACGGUGGGGAAGAAUGUGCUGCGUAUGCCCAACACGGGAUUAUUCUUCGAGAGUUGGACCGUUGCGGAUCCAUUUGCUCCUGCACGGAAAUCUCAGGUGCACUACAGCGAGCCAUCAAGGCCUUCGACGACGAUCUGGCUCGAGCGCUGAAGGAGAGUGUCACGAAGGUUCCGCCCGGAGAUUCGUUAUCCACGACAUUCCUCCGAGAUCGCCCUCUUAGGCGCUUGUUGAGGUGUUUCCGUGGAGCCUGUGUGGUGGUAGUGCUUAUCAGACCCUCGAGUCGGGAUCUUUGGGUGGCGAACCUGGGGGAUUGCUUGGUGGUAGAAGGUCAUGAAAACGUGGAAGAUCCAUCAGGCAGCUGGAUUGUACGUCGAUUGACGGAAGAGCACAACACGAGCAAUAAGGAUGAAGUGAAACGGAUCCAGGAUGAGCAUCCAGGCGAGGAAUGCAUUCUUGACGAUCUAGUCAUCGGCAGGAUCCGGCCGACAAGAACCGUGGGGAAUUGGGACCAAAAGUGGCCGGCAGACAUGGUGGCACCUCUAUAUCCCUUCCUUCCCUUCGUUGGCGAUGGAAAGCCACGAGGCCGAACGCGGCUUCUCAACAUCAGCCUCACUCCCCCAUAUCAGAGCUCCGUGGCAGAUGUGAGGCACGAGAAGCUUCCGAGCGGUAGAGGAGUGUUGAUUGUCGCGAGCGAUGGUCUGCCAGAUAACUGCGCUCGAUUAACCCUUGAUCCCCACCCGGAUGUGGAGAGACGGAAUCAAGAGAUGAUUGAAAGCUGGGUACGCUCUGCGAACAGGAAACCACUGGAAGGGCUAGAAGACGUGGAGGUGACAGCGGUUGAGCGGAUCAUGCGGGAUGUGUUGGGGGGUACAGAGGAGAGGAAGGUGAUGAUCAAUCUGACCGACUGGUUUCACGUGAAUAUAUGGGACGAUAUGACAGUGGUAGCGAUCGAACUGUUCUUGCCUGAAUAA